AUGCACAUUAGAGGCUUUCUUAAUCGGCAUGCAACCAGCUCCAAUUCAACAUGAUUUGGCUUUAAGUGCUGUUUCCACAUGUUAACGUUAUCUCUGGAUUUAAAGAUACACAGGAGCAGACCGUGGCUGAGUGAGAUUCCACACUCCUUGGGGGCAAGGGGUGAACAAAUUGACUGCCUCACAGCGACCAAUUGAUCUGCAAACUGAUUUUUCUCUACUCACCGGAGGAAAACAAACAGGUGGAAAAUGAGGGUUGUGCAUGUUUUGGGGAUCGUGAGUGCUUUGGGCAUCGGGCUUCUCUGUGUUAACCCUGCUGAAGCUCAGUUUCCCCGAGCCUGUUGCACAGUAGAGGGGAUCCUGUCCAAGCAGUGCUGCCCUGCUCUGAGCUCAGAUCCUGCCAACGUCUGCGGCUCUCUGUCUGGCAGAGGGAGCUGCAGUCCGGUGCGAGUCGACUCCAAACCCUGGGGAGGACCCUACAGACUCAGGAACGUGGACGACAGAGAGAGGUGGCCCACCAAGUUCUUCAAUCAGACCUGCCGAUGCAACGGUAACUUUGCCGGCUAUGACUGUGGUCAGUGUAAGUUUGGUUGGACCGGUCCAAACUGUGACCAGAGAAAAACGCCUGUGGUGCGGAAGAACAUCCACUCCCUUAGCAGUGAGGAACUCCGAGAGUUCUUGGAUGUUCUGGAUCUGGCUAAGAACACCAUCCACCCAGAUUACAUGAUUGCCACACAGCACUGGCUGGGCUUGCUGGGACCAAACGGCACUGAGCCGCAGUUUGCCAACAUUUCCAUCUAUGACUUCUUCGUCUGGCAACAUUACUACUCAGUCAGAGACACGCUACUAGGUCCAGGCCGCCCUUUCAAAGCCAUAGAUUUCUCACACAAAGGUCCAGCAUUUAUCACCUGGCACAGGUACCAUAUUUUGAGCUUGGAAAGAGAGCUGCAGAGACUGACGGGUAAUGAGAACUUUGCGAUCCCUUACUGGAACUUUGCCACAGGACAGAGUGAGUGUGAUGUGUGUACAGACUCUCUGCUUGGAGGCAGGAACCCAGACAACCCUUUCCUCAUCAGUAACCAGUCGAGAUUCUCCAGAUGGGGGGUGGUGUGCAACAGUUUGGACGAUUACAACCGCCUGGUGACUCUUUGCAACGGCACAACGGAGGGUUUCAUUCAGAGAGGGAUGGUGGGGAGAACCAACAUGUCUCUGCCUACCAUGACUGAUGUCAGAAGCUGUUUAGGAAUCAGAGAGUUUGACAGCCCUCCAUAUUUCACCAACUCCUCCUUUAGCUUCAGAAACGCACUUGAAGGGUACGAAAAACCAGACGGAGAACUGGAUGAGACGGUUGACAGCCUUCAUAACCUCGUCCACAAUUUGCUCAAUGGAACGAGCGCCUUGUCCCACUCUGCAGCCAAUGAUCCCAUCUUUUUGCUGCUCCAUUCUUUUACCGACGCCAUUUUUGACGAGUGGAUGCGCAGGUUCCUUCCAUCCAACGCCACGUACCCGGACGAGAUGGCCCCCAUUGGUCACAACAGGGACUACAACAUGGUUCCCUUUUUUCCUCCGAUCACUAACGAGGAGAUCUAUGUCACAUCGGAUCAGCUGGGAUACUCCUAUGCCAUUUCGCUUGAUGAUGCAGAUGGAGGAGCCGUGUUUGUACUGGGUUCCACGCUGGGAGGUGUUUUUGUUGGCCUACUGGUGCUUCUCCUUAUCUUUGUGCUCUACCUGCGUCAGCGGAGAAACAGAGGCUUUGAACCGCUGAUAAGGGCAGAUUUCACGAAUAGGAAAUACACGGAGGAGGCCUAGCCUUCACCUCUCAUUCCUAAAUGAACCCCAGUGCUCAAGCUUACCUCAGAGCAAUGGAGCUGUCGGUGUAUGAUGUUAGAAAAUGUACUGAUCCUCCAAGUGAAUGAAAAACGUCCUCUUCGACAUUAAGUCUAACCUUAGAAUAACAUUUUUCUGGAUCGUGUACAGUGCCCUGCAAAAGUAUCCAAAUGCUUUGAACAUUUUAAAUUUCUAUAAAUUCAAAAUCAAAAAAA